AUGAAGGCCAACAUCCUCAUUGUCCUAGCAACCUUGACUGCCAGUAUCCUGGCAACGCCAACAGCCAAUGGGGAAGCCAGCGAAAUUUUCGAACGCUCCGGUAGCUGCUACCAUCCCAGCUCGUGCAGCCGCUCCUGGGCGGGAAAGUGCGAAGAUUACUGUGGAAAGCGCGGAUUCUCGCACAUGACCGGCGAUGGCUGUGGAUGGCUUGCUAAGAAGUGUUGUUGCAGCAAGUAA